AUGCACAAGUCAUGGGUCCAGAGCAUCAUUGCAGCCAGCAACAAGGAGGGACCACGUGUAGUAUCCGGCGAACAUGAGCUGGGCUUCAAGGAGAUGUUCCUGCAGAGUCGUGCCCUAGAGCAUUCAAUAGAGGUCAUCGUUUCUGAGCCUUCCCUGCGCGAGCACUACAUGGACCCGCCCACGCCGGACGAUAAGACCUCUGCUGUCGCAUGCCUUUACGAGCUCUUGUCCAAAACUUUAGCGUUUCCGGCUGCUCAGUGGCAAGGACUGCUUCGUGUGGCGAUGAGUGGGGGGCUUCCAGGGGAGGACCAGACAGCUUGGAUCACCACCGCCAUCACCGCCAUGAAAAUGGACUGGAGCGAAGAGGUACUCUACAGCGAACGUAAGGAGUUAGCAUUGCGGGCAGAGUUCCUGAAACAGGAGCUGAAGCAGCUGGAAACCGGAGGCACCGACGAACAAAAUAGGAAGCGUGUAGACACUUCUUCACACCUGUUGCGAACCUACGAUGCCGUCCGGCAGAACUUGCAGACGUCUCAAGCACAGCGGGAUGAGGUGAGGCAUCUGCGAGAGCAAGACCUUCAGGGACUCCAGCAGCAGAUUCAGGCACGCAUGGCUGGUCUGCAAAGUUUUGCCGAAAGCUGCACCUCCCAGCAGAAAGACCUCGAGGGAGAGCUCAACCAGUCACAAGACGGCAUAAAGCUGCAGCUUCAGCACAUGGAUGAGGUGCGGGCUGGCAUCGACAAAGAAAUUGAUGAGCUGGACGAAAGAAAGCGCCAGCUUAGGAUCGAGUUGGACACUGUCUCUCGUCAGCUGGAUGAGGCUCGGAUGAAGCAGAAGCAGCAUAUGGAGAACUGUGAUCGGCAGCGUGCGGAGUUCUACAAUACGAAGUCUGCGUUGAAGGAGAAGCUGGACGCGGCAAGUGCGGAUGGUGCUGCCAAGGCAAAAGAGAAGGAGCUGCUGGACCAGACAAGGCAGCUGAUUGAGGAGACUGGCAGCGCUCUCCAGCAAACCGUCCGCGAACAGACCGAGGACUUGAAGCAGAAGCAGGCCGAAUUCCAGAGCCACUUCAAGCUGCUCUUGCUCGACCACCUCCGCUACUCGGAGGGAAGAGCAAAGGAGCUGCAGGCAGAGGCCCAGAAAGCUGUGGAAGCACAGGAGCCGGCCUCAGGGGCCUACAUGGAAAGCAUCCUUUUUACCGCCGGAUCGACCCUGCCCUGUAGACCUGUGGCCCAUUAUGUGCAUCCAGACCCUACAUAG